AUGGAAGCUACAACGAUAGCAACAUCCACAAAACCCCUGCUCCCCUGGUACCGCCGGCUAAACCAGAAUAAGGGACUCCUCCUCGCCCUCGUCUCCAUGGCUCAGAUGCUGGAUAUUAUCAACGUCGCUAGUGUGACGAUUACUCUUCCUGACAUCCUAAAGGAGGUCGGCUACUCGAUUGACCAGCUGCAGUGGGUCACCUCAGCCUAUUCCUUGGCCUAUGGCGCCUUCCUCUUGAUUGGUGGUCGAUUUGGUGACUUGUUUGGCCAUCGCCGUAUCUACAUCCUCGGAGUCACUUGGUUCUCGAUCUGGUCUGUCGUCAAUGGUUUCGCCAAGGACCCCGUCAUCAUGUCCGUCGGUCGUGCCCUCCAAGGAAUGGGUGCUGGGUUCACGGUUCCUAGUGCCUUGGCCAUCUUGACUACUACAUAUCCUGUUGGUCCUGAGCGCACUUUUGCACUGUCUGUGUUUGGAGGCACUGGUGCCGUUGGUUCUGUUGUUGGUGUCUUGCUCGGUGGUAUUCUUGGAUCUACCAUUGGCUGGAGAUGGAUCUUCUACUUCACUGCCAUCCUCGGUUUUAUUAUGGCCAUCCUCGGUUUCGUGGUCAUCCCUGCGGAGAAGGGUGUGUCCAAGAUCGAAGACCGUCGCAUCGACAUUUUUGGAGCCGGCGCCUUCUGCGCCGGUAUUGUGUGUAUCAUUUUUUACCUCAGCGAGUCUCCCGUCAGCGGCUGGGCCUCUGCAAAGACCUUGGCUCCUCUGAUUGUCGGUCUGGUCCUUAUUGUUUCCUUUGUCGUUAUCGAGCACAAGAUCGACUACCCGAUCAUGCCCCUCCGCAUCUGGAAGUCGCAGCGUCUUAUCGCGUCCUGCUUGAUUAUUCUCUGCGUCUCGGCCGCCUUAAACGCCAUGAUUUACUUCUCCUCGCUCCUUCUCCAGAACGUCCUGGGUUACACUCCUCUGAAAACUUCUUUGGCGUAUAUUGUUCAUGGUGUGGGGGCUAUCGUCGCGAUUGUGAUCAUUACCCGGAUUGUGGCCAAGGUCCGCACCAAGAUUAUUACCAUUGUCGGUUGGUUUUUCUUUAUCGCCUCGGGUAUCGUACUUGCUCAGAUCAAGGCCGACUCGUCGUACUGGUCGAUCCCCUUCCCUUCAUUGAUCUUGAACUUUAUGGGCAUGGCUCCCGUCUGGUUGUGCUGUCAGAUCAACUGCGUUGCUGACGCUGAUGACGAUGAUCAAGGUGUCGUCGGUGCUGGUACGUUACUCUACACUGUCCUGCUGAUGCAUCUUCAGAAAAAGGAUUUAUACAACGUGGCCCUGCAAAUCGGCGCACCAAUCGGAAUCGCAGUUGCAAACAUCGUCGCGAACAACAAGAACGGCCGACUGGCCGUGGGCGCAGAGCUCCUCCCCGGAUACCGUUCCGCCUUCUACACCUAUGCCAUCAUGGCCGGUGUAGGUCUGGUCGUCACCAUCAUUUUCGCAGCCAACAGCGAUACCGCCAAGAUGCACGAGACCACUGCUGAAGGUGUUGCUGCCACUGCUUCCGGUGAUGGAGAUGAAGAGAUUGGACAUGCGGAGAGCAUUGACCAGAUCGCGACGGAUAUGAAGGGGUCGUCGGGUGUUGCAAGUGCGGGCGCAACGAUCUUCCCGGGCUCGUCUUCGACGUCUGUGGUGGGCGGUGAGAAGGAGGAUGGGAGCUACGACCCCUUGGUCGAUAUCAAUGACUCUAGGGGUCUUGCAAAGGAGAUCGCCAAGAUAUGUCCGAAACUAAACUCCUUGACCCAUCGGGACGAUGAUGAGGAGCUCACGGAUGGCGAGCUGGUGCUGCAGGUCAUAGAGGCGUUAUCCCCGCAACAGGUGCAAGAGUUUCAUUGCACAAGCCAGUCAACCGAGAUCCAAGAUCACGUAGGAACGAUAUUCAGGAGACACUCCGACACUCUGCGGAAGCUUGUCUUGUCUAAUUGUCGGAGCAUCAAAGACAAGGCUAUCCAAUUCCUGUUGGUUGAGUGCCCGACUAUUGAGGCGCUAGAUAUCGUCUUGUUGGGUGACCGGCAUGAGUUCAUCAUCGAUCUGGAGGGCGCGAUCAAGUUCCUGUGGGUCUGUACUAGGCUGCGGCGACUGAGACUGACCGUGGGCAUUCCAGAUGAGCCCCUGUAUCUCCACACCAGCGUCGAGCACUAUUACAGUCGAUCACCACCGGCAACAUUGUCAGCCACCGAGAAGGAGCAGUUCGAUCAAUUGGAACGUCUCUUUCGCCAACUGGAAAAACUCACGGACCUGGAGCAUCUCAACUUGAAGGUCUUCUUCUAUGACCGUCUAAGCACCUUCCCCGGUUUGCUCAGCAUCGGUAAACCACAGAUCGAGACGCCCUGGCUGCCUCCUUCGCCUGCCGGACAGGAAGAGUUCAAGGAGCUGUUUGGGUCAGUCUCGGAAGUGAUUCAUGAGACUUGUGUGACGAUGGUAUUUGGGCUGCGUUAG